GUAAUUAAACUAAAACUGAAUGUCCAUAGUUGUGUAUCGCAGUUAUUUUAAAAUGAAGUGAUAUAUGUUCGUUGAAACAACGAAAAUUACGUUUUAAUCAUUUCGGUGAAAGAGGCGGAAGUCUAUGUUUGUAGUUCUUCAGCAUCAUGGCGGAGGAAGCUGCUUCAUCGGUCGUUGGAGCUGCUCUCGAUGUAAACACAGCUGGGAAACAGACAGAUAUCGCCAUGGCGUAUUUACAAGACGAGAAGACUGAUGGUGAAAUUGCUAACCACAACUUGGGUGAACUGGAUCUGACCACUGACGAGUUUAUCCUGGACGAAGUGGACAUUCACAUCCAGGCCAAUCUGGAGGAUGAUCUCGUGAAGGAGGCGUUAAAAACGGGCGUGGACCUCCGUCAGUACUCCAAACAGGUGGAGUCGGAGCUGCAGAGGAUCGAACAGGCCUCCAUCAAAGACUACAUCAAGGAGAGUCAGAACAUCGCUCUGCUGCACAACCAGAUCACCGCCUGUGACUCCAUCCUGGAGCGUAUGGAGGGCAUGCUGAGCGGCUUCCAGAGCGACCUGUCCUCCAUCAGCAGUGAGAUCCAGACUCUGCAGCAGCAGUCGGUCAGCAUGAACGUCCGUCUGAAGAACCGGCAGGCUGUACGCAGCCACCUCAGCCAGCUGGUGGACGAGCUGGUGGUGCCAGGAACCAUGAUCUCCACUAUCCUGGACAGUCCGGUGACGGAGCAGGAGUUUCUGGAGCAGCUUCACGAGCUCAACAACAAGAUCAACUUCGCCAAAGAGCUGAGCUUCAGAGAGACGCUGGCCUGUUCCGACAUCCAGGACAUCGUCGACCGCCUCAAACUCAAGGCGGUGUCAAAGAUCCGAGAGUUCAUUCUGCAGAAGAUCUACUCGUUCAGGAAGCCGAUGACAAACUACCAGAUCCCUCAGAACACUCUGCUGAAGUACAGGUUUUUCUACCAGUUUCUUUUGGCCAAUGAGAGAUCGGUGGCAAAGGAGAUCAGAGACGAGUACGUGGACACGAUGAGUAAAAUCUACUACAGCUACUUCAAGUCGUACAGCAGCCGGCUGCUCAAAGUGCAGUACGAGGAGGUGGCAGACAAAGACGACCUGAUGGGAGUAGAAGACACAGCCAAGAAAGGUUUUUUCUCCAAACCGUCUCUGAAGAGCAGAAACACCAUCUUCACUCUGGGUCAGAGGGGGGCCAUCCUGAGUCCUGCAGAGCUGGAGGGGCCGAUCCUGGUCCCUCACACGGCUCAGAGAGGAGACAGCAGGUACCCGUAUGAGAUGCUGUUUCGCAGCCAGCACUACGCUCUGCUGGACAACGGCUGCAGAGAGUUCCUCUUCCUCUCCGACUUCUUCAUGGUGGCAGGAAACUCCGCCCUCGACCUCUUCAACAGCAUCAUGGGAAAAACUCUCAGCAUGUUCCUGAAGAGCAUGUCUACGUAUGUCUCCGACUGCUACGACAGCAUCGCAGUCUUCCUCUGCAUCCACAUCAUCCUCCGCUUCAGAGCCAUCACCGCCAAGAGGACCAUCCCGGCUCUCGACAAGUACUGGGAGGCAGUGCUGGAGCUGCUGUGGCCGAGGUUUGAACUGAUCCUGGAGAUGAACAUCCACAGCAUCAGAAACACAGACCCUCAGAAACUGGGAGUACUGGACACCAGACCGCACUACAUCACUCGUCGUUAUGCAGAGUUCUCGUCAGCGAUCGUCAGCAUCAACCAAACGUUUCCAAAUGAGAGAACCAACACUCUGCUCGGACAGCUGCAGGUGGAGGUGGAAAAUUUUGUGCUGAAGAUGGCGGCGGAGUUUCCCUCCAGAAGAGACCAGCUCAUCUUCCUCAUCAACAACUACGACAUGAUGCUGAGUGUUCUCAUGGAGAGGGCAGCAGACGACAGUAAAGAGGUGGAAGGUUUCCAGCAGCUGCUGCUGGCCAGGACGCAGGAGUUUAUCGAGGAGAUUCUGUCCGCCCCGUUCGGAGGGAUGAUCGCCUUCGUGAAGGAGGCUGAGGGUUUGGUGGAGAAAGGGCAGCUGGACCGGCUGAAGAACGAGGAAGCUCGGAUCACUCAGCUGGUUCGGGGCUUUUCGGGUACGUGGAAACAGUCGGUGGAGGCGAUGAGUCAGGACGUCAUGAGAUCCUUCACAAACUUCAAGAAUGGAACCAGCAUCAUACAGGGCGCUCUGACCCAGCUGAUCCAGUACUACCACGGCUUCCACAAGAUCCUGAACCAGCCCACCUUCCGCAGCCUGGCCGUCCGCUCAGAGCUCAUCAACCUGCACCACCUCAUGGUGGAGGUGAAGAAGCACAAGCCCAACUUCUAACAGUGAGGCUACGACGCCGCAGAAUGUCCGCCCCGAUGACAGGACUGUUCAUCGACAACACAGACUGUUUGUUUUUCAAACAGGAGCAUGACGUCACCUGAAGUCUGGAGGGGCCGAGUCCAUCCAGUCUGUCCUCCUAAAUACUCUCCUCUACAUUUUCAAGGCAUUUCUGACGUCCGAGCUGGAUAUAAACAGAGUCAUUGAGAGUUAACGUAUAAUGUCCUAAAAUGAAGAAAACCAGAUCAGUUAUAGUCUUAUGAUGAAGCUGUACAACCACUGCUUGUCACCGACAUCAACUCGUCUGAAUUAUCUGAUACAUAUGAAGUUAUAAGCCUUCAGAUUUUAGUCCUGUCUCCUUUGGGAUUGGCUGCUGCUGGUUUGUCCUACAUCCUUGUUUUUCCUAAAAAAAAAGAAGUACUUAAUGAACCUCAUCUUUGACCUGCAACCUGCAGAUUAAACUUUGAGGAGAGCUAACACCUUCAGAGAAGAUUCUGUUUGUGAUCCAUUUCUGAAGAUACUCGUCGAUCUUUGCUUUCUGUAACGUCAAUAUUUGCACCCAAACACUCGACCUCCUGCAAUCCGCUCUUACUCUCCUGACUGUUGAUCAGUCCUCAAACACACCAUCGACAACUGCAUGGAGCUAAAUCAUUCUGAUGGAUAAACUAAAUUAUGCCUAACAUAAAUCUACUCCGGGGGGAGGGGGGGUCUACAGUGUUUGCUGUGAUAUCAUCGUAGCGAACAGUGAAAACAUUUAGCCUAAAACAUGAUAUUUAAAAACACUACCAUGUUUUCGGAUCGCGUCCUCGCUCUUCAGUUCUUCGGCUACUCUGGAAGCUCGAGCUGAUGAUUGGAUUUAAAAACUUCAAACAGCCGACCAUAAAUGAGGAUUCAAAUCUUAGACAUUUUAAGUUGAAAUGCUUCUCUAAAAUGUGUUAAACUUACAGUUAAGUGAAUGACUUCAGGCAGCAACAAAAGCUGAAAACUUGUUGACAGAUUGAGUCGUGAUGAGGAUUGGUGCUCCGUCUUGAAACACUGAACAGACAUGUUUAUUUUAUUUUCUGUAGAAGAAAUGAUUAAUUGAUACUCAUGAUUUAACAAAAAAAAAACUGCACUAUUGAGAAACACAUUACUUGAAAACUUGCUGUGUGUUUGUCCACGUGCUGCAGCUUCAGCAGGUGAGAAUGAUCCUCAACAGGUAAAAGGUGUUCUUCUGUAUUUUUCUUAUCCUCAUUAAAUACUUUAAAAGAACAUUAAAGUUAUUUCUAACCUCC